AUGGAACCGGCUGUCGUACUGACGGCUGAAAGAUUUUGGGUUCAAGAAAAGAGCUUAGCUGUAUUCUGGUGUGAAGGCGCAAGAGACGCGUCAUGUCCGCGAAUUUGUGGUCCAGCACUUCAGGGUGAACCGGUUUGUGCGACCGACGGAUACAUAUACCCAUCGUUAUGUGAGAUGAGGAAGAAGACUUGUGGAAAAGGAGUAAGACUAGCUCCAGAUCAAGGCUCCUGUUCGAGAGCCCAAGGGUCUAAAUGCGAACACCGCUGCACUUCAGAAAGAGAUCCUGUGUGUGGAACUAAUGGUCGCACGUACCUGAACAGAUGUAUGCUGCAAGUAGAAAUUUGCAGAGUUGGCAUCGGUCUCUCUCAUUUGGGUGCAUGCAACAAUAUAAGUGCACACCGUGAAAACUGCCCCGUCGAUUGUUCCCAAGCCCCACUCGAUGGUCCCAUUUGCGGAUCAGAUGGGAACGUCUACAAGAAUACAUGCCAGAUGAAGCUGUUCACUUGUGGGCAAGGUGUUGUUCGGACUAAUAAGAAGCAUUGUCAAACGACGCGCCAUUGCCGUGAGUCCUGUUGGCGAGUUGCCAGACCCACCUGCGGGUCGGACGGCGUAUUGUAUGCCAACGCGUGCAGAAUGAAGGCGACGAACUGUGGUAAGCACGUGUUCGAAGUGCCCAUGGCGUUCUGUGUGUCCCAAGAGCGGACCUCUGGCGGCGAAUACUGUCCCACCGACUGCUCCGAUCAGAAAGAGAAGCUGGUGUGUGGCUCCGACGAGAGUAUCUACAGGAAUGAGUGUGAGAUGAAGAUGCUUAAUUGUGGCGUGAACAGCAGAAAAAUAAUAAAGAAGGUGGACAUGGAGAAAUGCAAGUCGAAGAUGAGCAAGUGUCUCAAAGUGAAGUGCCCGAGCGAAGGUGACCCAGUUUGCGGAACUGAUGCGAACGUGUACUACAACCCUUGUCAACUGAAAGUCGCUACUUGCCUGAAAGGAGUCCAGUUAGCACACUUCGGCAACUGCACUCUGCUGCCGCGGCUUGAGACUGACUGUCCAGAAAAUUGUGACAACGUUGUCGAACAACCUGUUUGUGGAUCAGAUGGAAAUGUUUACAAGUCACAAUGUGAGCUCCGCCGUCUCACGUGUGGACAACACGUGGUCGCCGUUUCGGCGUCUCAUUGCCGCACCACAGCACUUUGCCACGAAGACUGCCCAGAUACACCCUCCUUCGUCUGCGGAUCCGACAACCGGUUUUAUAAGAACGAGUGUAUUAUGAAGAAGGAGAAUUGUGGGAAACACGUUUAUGUCGUGCCAUUGAAGCGUUGCCUCUCUCGAUUCAAAUACGCGGGCUGCGCACGCGUCUGCCCACCGGAAUACGACCCUGUAUGUGGGACUGAUAACAAGACUUACUCCAACAAAUGCUUCUUGGAGAUGGAGAACUGCCGAUCAAGGAGUUUCAUGCAGCUAAAACAUUUAGGAACGUGCACAGAGCCAAUCGCAGAGGAGCCGAAAAACUAUUUGUAUCGAUAA